CACACAAGUGGGCGGGUGAAAUAUAUUUUUAACAUAUGCUGUUGAGAUUUGGCCAAGAGAAAAUACAUUUCCAACUUGACAACAAUCUUCUUUGUUCUUAUCCGGAUCCAAUUUUUCACCGGAAGUUCCUGUUCGAAUCGCCGAUCAAAUUUGAACCCUAACCAUGUCCGGCAACCUCGGCUGCGUGAUCGUCGCCGUUGACGGCAGUGAGGAGAGCAUGAGCGCCUUGACCUGGGCUCUCGACAACCUCAAGCUCCGAUCCUCCUCUCCUCCCGACUCCACCUCCGCCGGCCACUUCGUCGUCCUCCACGUCCAAUCUCCGCCUUCAAUCGCCGUUGGCCUCACUCCCGCCGCCAUCCCCUUCGGUGGCCCCAGCGAUUUGGAGGUGCCGGCGUUCACGGCGGCGAUCGAGGCCCACCUGAAGCGGAUCACGGAGGCCAUUCUAGCACACGCUUUGAAGAUUUGCUCCGAAAAGAAGGUGAAUGUGAAAACCCAAGUCGUAGUUGGGGAUCCGAAGGAGAAGAUUUGUGAAGCUGUUGAGAAUUUGCAUGCUGACUUACUUGUCAUGGGCUCCAGAGCUAUUGGCCCUCUUAAAAGGAUGUUUCUUGGAAGUGUGAGCAACUAUUGCGCUAACCAUGCACAAUGCCCCGUGAUCAUUUCCAAGGCAAAGGGCGCCGCGUCAUAAGGAAAGCAGGGAAUCUAUAUCUCUUGCGCUACUGCUCAGCAAGAUCAUCGGCAAAAGACUGCAUCUGGAUCUUCUUAGUAAACAUUGCUUCUGGAUCUACUGUGUAGGACCAUCUUUUUAUACUAUGUAAUAUUUAGAAGAAGGUACAAAUACAAUUGUUUUCUUUUGGUGGAGAAAAGUACUGUGGAUAUGAACUGUAAAUAUAUGAAUACUGUGCAUUUAAGUUGUUUGAUUCUAUUGUAUUAACAAUAGAAUGGUCCAAGACAAUUGAUUCUUGACCUACA